AUGGUGGAGAAUGUAAGGGCCAAGAUACUGUGGGACUUCAAGAGCCAGUUCAACAAACAGGUGAUGGCUAACCAGCCGGACAUUAAGGUGGUCGACAAGCAAGAGAAGAUGGCAUCCCAAGUGACCAACAUCAGGAACAAGAUGCACGAGAAGCUGGAGAAAUACCAAUGGCUGAAAGAGGAAAUACAGAAGUUGUGGAGAGUCAAAGAGUCAGUGGUCAUUGGAGCACUUUCUAAGACCAACUGUCAGUACCAUAAAAUAUUUAAGGAGAUCAGCAAAGAGGAGCAGCUCAGACAGAGUUACACCUGCGCUUUGCAGAAAGAUAUCCUCUAUCAGGGACGCAUGUUUGUCUCCGAUCACUGGAUCUGCUUCCACUCCAAGGUUUUUGGCAAAGACACCAAGAUUGCCAUCCCUGUCGUGUCAGUCACGAACGUCAAGAAGACCAAAACAGCCAUCUUGGUGCCAAACGCUCUGGUGAUCGCAACUGCAAAUGACAGGUAUGUGUUUGUGUCCUUCCUGUCCAGAGAAAACACCUACAAAUUUCUGAUGUCAGUCUGCCUUCACCUGGAGGAGAGGAGUCCAUGCAGCAGCCCCGUCCCCUCCUCAGCUGAAAACAGCUUCAGAGGUCAAAGGUCAUCCCUAUCGCCUCUCUUUCCUCUGAGGGAUUUCAGUGAGCUGGACGGAGCCUUGAGGCAGAGGAGGCAGGAGGUGGAGGAGAGCAGCAGCUCCGACUCCCAGGCUCCAGACUACGAUAAGAUAGCCGACUUGCCAGUUCCUCCUUUCUUGGAUGCGCUGAACCAAAACAACACGUCGCCUCCGGAGCAGCACAGCAUGAAGAAGCAGCAGAACACAGACAGCAAACCACACAUCCACCACCCAGGCUCAGAGGUCGUGAUCGACAGCAGGAACAUAAAGCCAAUUUCUCUCAACACUCUGCUGGUUGUUUACUUGUUCCUAGUGUGCGUCCUGAUCUUGUCUUCCUGUUAUCUGGCCUUGAGGAUCGUGUCUCUGGAGCAGAGACUGACGACACUCGGCUCUCUCAACGAGUUCACGCAUCACGAGUGA